GUCAUAAUAAAAUGCCGCGCUUUCAUCAUGGUCCUGACGGCAAGCGUUCCAUCCUGGAGCGCUUCGCUGCCUCGGGUGGUACACUUUACACGGCCAGAUCAGCCGAAGAAGGCGGGUGUGGGACCGUUUCCAGUGCUGAUUUGGGAAGUCGCACUGCGAAGUUGGCAGCGCUUUUUUCUUCGCAGCAGAGGCUUUCGUUUGCGCGUGUGGCACGACCACAACCUCACAGAAUGCAUGCAGCAGGAGUUUCCAGAGUAUCUCCCAGCAUUCAGGGCACUCCCGGGUGGCAUCGAACGCUCAGACAUUGGCCGCUACUGCGUCAUGCACCAACAAGGUGGAAUCUAUGCAGACUUAGACUAUGAGGUCCGUGCCUUCUUCUACACUGAGCUUCUUGCAAGCAAUUAGGCUCCCAGCCCACUUGGUCAGCCUUGUGGAGUGUAGAUCAAAGGAUAAAGGACUUCUCGUGGAGAACUCUCUCAUGGCCUCACCGCCUGGGCAUCCUUUUUGGAGG